AUGGCCGGUACUCUGUAUACAUACCCGGAGAAUUUUCGUGCUUUCAAAGUACUGAUUGCGGCUCAAUAUUCUGGUGUUGUGGCGAAAGUUGCUGGGGACUUCGUUUUUGGCGAAACCAACUGCAGUGAAUCAUUCCUGCAGAAGUUCCCAAGCGGAAAGGUGCCGGCAUACGAAACGAAGGAUGGCAAAUACUUAACGGAAAGCAACGCUAUUGCUUAUUAUGUUGCCAACGAACAGCUAAGAGGAACGAAUGAUUUCCAUCGUGCAGAAGUACAAUCUUUCUUAAGUUUCGCCGAUAACGAGCUACUUCCUGCGGUGCAAGGAUGGACGUUCCCGAUUAUUGGCAUUGUGCCGUACAAUAAGAACAACGUUGAGCGAGCGAAGGAAGAGCUACGCCGCGGAUUAACCUACCUUAAUAAUCGAUUGCUGAAGCAAACGUUUUUAGUGGGAGAGCGUGUUACACUUGCUGACGUUGUGGUGUUCGCCACGCUGCUACAUGCGUACGAGUAUGUGCUAGAUCCUUCCUUCCGCACACCGUUUGGAGCAGUUACUAGGUGGUUCACAACUAUCUUGAAUCAACCGCAGGUGCAAGCCGUUGUCAAAACACCAACGCUGUGUGCCAAGGUUGCGCAAGCCGAUCCAAAGAAGUACGCCGAGUUUCAAGCGAAAGUGAGUGGCAGUGCCGCAGUGGAAAAGAAAAAGGAGAAGAAAGAGAAGAAACCAGCACCAGAAAAGGCGGAACCUGCCGCCGUCGAACAACCGGAUGCGGCCGAUGAAUUGCUUGCAGCUGAACCGAAACAAAACGAUCCGUUCGAAACGUUACCGAAAGGUACAUUUAAUUUCGAUGAUUUUAAGCGCUUCUACUCGAACGAAGAGGAGGAAAAAUCAAUUCCUUACUUCUGGACCAAAUUCGACCCGGCGCAUUAUUCGAUUUGGUACGGCGAAUACAAAUAUCCGGAAGAGUUAACGAAGGUCUUCAUGAGCUGCAAUCUGAUUACGGGCAUGUUUCAACGUUUAGAUAAAAUGCGCAAGCAAAGCUUUGCGUCCGUUUGUUUGUUUGGUGAAGACAACAACAGUACAAUUUCCGGCGUAUGGGUUUGGCGUGGCCAAGACUUGGCUUUUAAAUUGUCACCAGACUGGCAGGUAGACUAUGAAGUUUACGACUGGAAAAAGCUGGACCCAUCCUCGGAGGAAACAAAGAAACUGGUUGCACAAUACUUCUCCUGGUCCGGUGCCGAUAAGAAUGGUCGUAAAUUCAACCAGGGAAAAAUAUUCAAGUAA